UUCACAUUCAUAUUAAAGACGGAUCUUAGUUCACAUUGUGUAAAAAAAAUCAAAGAUGAUGUUCGUGACUGUCUUGAAUGUGAGUCUUGUAUUGACAUUUUUGCAGAUAACGACUUCUUCAUGUAACAAUUCUUAUAUGAUACUGGCACCAAAAAUCGUGCGAGCUGGUUUGUCUGAGAACAUUACUGUAACAGUUCUAAAGAGAAAUGUCACUGCGACCAUUACAGCAUCUCUACUGGACUUAAAAGGGAGCAUUCUGUCAACAAAUACCGGAUUCUUCCAAAGUCAUGUUCCCAAGGCACUGACUCUAAGGAUUCCAGAAAAUGUAAAUUCUUCGAGCAGUGCAACGCAUAGAAUACGCUGUAAAGGGACUUCCGGUCUGUUGUUUGAUACUGAGGCUGAAGUUUUUGUGGAAGGACGAAACAUGACAUUAUACAUUCAGACAGACAGAGGCACAUACAAGGGCGGUCAAAAAGUCAGAGUUCGGGCCUUUGGACUUCACAUAAAUUCUUCCAUCUUCAUGGGAAACAUUACUUUGGAAAUAAUGGAUCCAAAGUCCAAUAUUAUUAAGCAAUGGCCGCAGCUUCAAGAACCUGACUUCGGAGUCGUAUCGGCUACAUUAGAGCUGGACACACAACCAGUGCUCGGUAACUGGACUGUCAGAGCCACGGCUCAGGGCAUCAGUAGAAACGUGUCCUUCCAGGUUAAGGAAUAUGUGCCUCCAAAAUUCGACUUGGAAGUAAACCUAUCGAACACAGUCCCUGUGAGUAACACAGACAUCACAGGGUCAGUAAUGGCUAAAUACACAUUUGGGAAACCAGCCUCUGGUCAACUGGUCAUCACAGCCAGUAUUUCUGGACUGAGGCUGUCCCCAGCAGACGACAGUAGCAAGGGUUUACAAAUUUAUUCAGAUCACUUCCACAUUUCAAAACUGAGAAAAUUUGUCAUUCCGUUUGGUCAUCUAAGAGAUCACUUACUCAGCCCUCUUCUACAAGGAAAAACUGACAACUUAUUGAAUAAAAGACUGAAGAUUGACAUCCUGUUUACAGAAGAAUUAACAAAAGUGAAUGUAACAAAAACAGCAUAUGUUACACUUACCAAACGUCAUUCAUUAAAUCUGGUUUUGUUGAACUCUAAUUCCUCUAAAUACAUCCCGGGAAUGCAUUAUCAACUAAAGGUAAAACUUACUGAUAACAACGGUGGAUUGCCUUCGUCAUCGGAAUUUCUCAACAUCACUCUAGAAUCCUGCUCACACAGUGGACAGAGACACAGAGAACAACAACAGUUAGUUCCGGUUCCUGUCAACGGUCACGUGAUCAGAGUGUUCGAUAUGCCAGACAACGCCCACAUCUCAAACGUCACAUUCCAGGUUAGUUGUCGGGACGCCAGGAACUGGCUAAUUUUGUACCCAUAUGACAACAAACAGAUCCACGUGAAGCUCAAUAUAGUAUCUACAAGUCACAAUGUAGGUGAAAAGUUAAAUGUAGAAAUGCAGUUCAACAAACCAACACCAGAAGUAUUUUAUCAGUUCGUAGCCAGAGGAAGACAGGUUUUAUCCGGAAAACAUAACAUAAACAAUAAAAGACUCUCUACGAUGGAAGUGUUGCUCCUGCCAGAAAUGGCCCCGGAGACCUCCUUACUUGUUUAUAAUGCAGAUCCAAUCACAGAUGAUAUAUUUGCUGAUGAAGUUAAAUUUAAUGUGCAUGGAUUUCUAUCAAAUUUUGUAUCAUUAAACUAUAGCACCAACCAAGCGGAACCGAACGAUCACAUACAACUGACUGUUCAAACACUCCCUCAGUCCAAGGUUUUCUUAUUAGCAGUGGACUCUUCCUCGAUAUUACUGGGCAAAAACAAUGACGUCACUGAACAAUCAUUGAAGGAAGUAUUCAGUGAGUUCACCCCAGAAUCCCAGUGGAAGUUGUUCUUUUAUACAAAAGACUGUAAUCAUCCAAGGAUAGAUCACGACCACACGUAUUCAGCUUACAGAUUCGAGGAAGCGGGGACAAAUUUGCUCACAGAUGUCGUUAACUACAACCGUUUUUCAUAUGAAUAUCUGACAGACUAUGAACUUUAUCAGGAAUGGCGGAAGUGGGCAUCGCAAACAAAUCAUAGUUGUCAAUCAGUUCCUGGAUCGCAGACCUGUGUUGAUGGAAUAAGUAAAUUUGAGGCUUAUGGACGAGCUGGUUGUGAUGAAAUGGUGUACCUUGAAUGGUUGUUAAAGAACUGUGCUUACUUUUGCAAUAUGUGUCAGUCACAUGUAUGA